UUCUACAGUCUAAACUGAGAAAAUUGAAAUUAUCAAAAAUUUCCAGAAUAUUUCGAGGAUAAAAAAAAUGGAAAUAGAUUCAACUGCAAUCUCUCCUUCAUCAGAAACCCUUGAUCUCGAUUCCCUUCAAAGUCAAAUUUUGGAGCUUAGAGAAAUCCUGAGGAGUUGUAAUGAAGAUUACGAAAUGGGCCCUUCAGAAGUGAAGGAGUUAUUCCAAGAUCAAGCUCUCGAAGUCCAGAGCAAUAUGGAUCAAAUUAUGCCUGAUACUUCGGAUAUUAACUCACUAUCCCUUGAAGGUUUAGCGGAACUUUCGGACCAUUUGAAGAAUGAGCUAAGGUCAGUGGAGAGUGAGAAUGCAAAAAUCGAGAAUGAACUCAAUGAGCUUUCAAGGAGAUAUGUUGAAGACUCUUGUCAACUUGAAUCUGAGGUUGAAGGUUUAAGCAGCUUCUUGGAUUCUAUUGACAAACAGGGCAUCCAGAGAAGAGAUGGGGACUUGCAGGUUGAUUACUCUACAAAUGGCAAGGAUCAAGCCAAUAGGUUAAAGGCAUGCGAUGGCUCUAAUAUUGAGAUUCUGGAACUAAGUCAUCAGAUUGAGAAGAGCAAAAGCACUUUGAAGUCGUUGCAGGAUCUUGACUAUCAAGUUAAAAUAUUUGAGGUUGUAGAAAAGAUUGAGGAUGCAUUAUCAGGUCUCAAAGUACUUGAAUUCGAAGGGAACUCCAUAAGAUUGUCCUUGACAACAUACAUCCCAAACAUGGAUAAUAUGAUAUGCCUGCAAAAAGUAGAACUUUCUGUGGAACCAUCAGAACAGAAUCAUGAAUUGCUUAUAGAAGUUGUUGAUGGGACCUUGGAGCUAAAGAAUGCUGAGAUUUUCCCAAAUGAUGUGUAUAUUGGUGAAAUUGUUGAUGUUGCAAAAUCUUUCAGGCAACUUUAUUCACCUUUGCCGUUACUGGAUAAUAUGUCUUCUCUGGAGUGGUUUCUCAGAAGAGUCCAAGAUCGAAUAGUUAUUUGCACUCUCAGGCGCUUUGUGGUGAAGUGUGCAAAUAAGUCAAGGCACUCUUUUGAAUACUUGGACAGAGAUGAAAUGAUAGUGGCUCACAUGGUUGGUGGAAUUGAUGCUUUCAUAAGGCUGGCUCAGGGUUGGCCCAUAGCUAGUGCUCCUUUGAAUCUAUUGACGCUUAAGAGCUCGAGUAACUACUCUAAGGAAAUUUCUCUGAGCUUCCUUUGCAAAGUUGUGGAUGUGGCAAACUCCUUGGAUGAACACCCACGGCAUGAUAUUUCGAGUUUUGCUGAUGGCAUUGAAGAAAUACUUUUGCAACAAAUGCGGACAGAAGGUCAACCUGGUGAUACCAUUGAAAAGUAGUUCCACAAAUUUAGUUCAAAUGCUGUUUCUGGUGAUGGCCACUCAUGCUUUGAUAAGGUUAAACUUAUAGGCUGUAGCUUAAUACUUUGCAUGCAUCUUUAUAUUGUUGCUGAGAGUUUGCAUUUGUAAUAUCACUUAGUUAACGAUUCAAAUAGGCAUCAAAUGUUUUGCAAAAGUUGAACUCGAACGUUACAGAAAAAGUUUGCAGCUUAAUACUUUGGAUGCAUCUUUGUAUUGUUGGCUGAGAAGUUGCAUUUGCAGUAUCACUUAUUCAA